AUGUUUGCACAUUUAAAAGAAACUCUUUUUCUGAAUAAGAUUACCAGUUUACACAAAGGUGCUUUAAGUGAAUACCGAAUUGUGUUGCUUGGGAAAACUGGUGUUGGCAAGAGCAGCUUUGGAAACUCCAUUCUCGGCAAGCGAGCAUUUGAUACCAAUUUUUCAUCUGCUUCUACAACAAAUUCCUGUAAAUCAGAAAGUGAUUCUAGAUGUGGGAUGAACAUAUCGAUCAUUGAUACACCUGGAUUUUUUGACACCAGGAAUGAUGAAAAUUUGAAAUCUGAGAUAGUGAAAUGUAUCACUGAGUGUUCUCCAGGACCACAUGCUUUCCUCAUUGUUCUCAGAGUUGACAGAUACACAGUCCAAGAAGAGGAGGUUGUUCAAAAAAUUCUAACAACAUUUGGAAAAGAUGCUCUCAGGUAUGCAGUGGUUGUUUUCACACAUGGGGAUGACCUUGGUGAAGGUCAGACAAUUGACGAAUUUGUUCAGGAAAAUGAAAAACUAAAAGAGCUUGUGAGGGACUGUGGUGGUCGCUGUCACGUCCUUGAUAAUAAGUACUGGAAACACCCACAGGAUGAUUACAGAAAUAACAGUGUUCAAAUAGAGAAACUACUGAACACCAUUAAGACCAUGGUGAGUGAGAAUAAAGGCUGCUACACCAAUGAAAUGCUGCAGAAGGUGGAGGAAGACAUAAAAACAGAGGAAAGGAAAAUUGUGGCCAGUGGUACAUCAUUACGCAAGGACAAAAUCAGAGAGUGGGCGAAGAAGAUAGUGUGCAACAAACUUUUGAUAAAAGCAGCAGGAAUAACCACCGGGGCACUACUGGGUGCAUUAUUCGGACUGAUAGCUUCAGUGACUUUAGUUGUACUUUUAAUCUGGAAAGUUUUACCGCAUAUUAAUGGAGCAUUGGUAGGGUCUGUACCAGUGGCAGGUGUAGCUGCUGGUGGUAUUGUAGGUGUAGCUACGUUAGCUGGAGCAGUAGAAGGGGCAGUAGUGGGGUAUAAAGCAGCAAAGAAUGCAAAAACUGUCUGUGAAGCUGCAAAAUAUGCAAAAGAUAGUAACAUCGACAAUGCAAAAGUUAUGUUUAAUGAGGUGUACAAACUUAAACCUGAACAUCUUAAGAAAGCAUAA